AUCCAAGAGAGGGCGCUAUUUCGAUAUGGUUCAGAGAAAAAUAGAGCGCCAGAUUGCUUGAGACGGAAUUCCGAGUGUUUAUUUUCUCGUUUUUGUUCAGAAAUUUAUUGUUUUACCCUUACUUCCACCAUGUCUUCUUGCGAGCGGGAAGUUCUUAAGAUUGGCAAGCAGGUAGACAAACUGCUGAAGAGUGAUACGAAAUCUAUUGAUGCCUUAGAUCUUCUCAACAAACUGAAGGAACUUCCUAUUUCACUAGAGAUUUUGCAGAAGACAAGGAUUGGAAUGGCUGUGAACUCUCUACGUAAACAAAGCGGCAAUGAAGAUGUUAAUACACUAGCUAAAUCUCUCAUCAAGGGAUGGAAAAAACUGCUACCAGCACAAGCUCCUACCAAAACUAAUAGUUCCCAGGAGAAGAAGAAAGACAGUGGAGAGGAUUCUCGUGAGCCAUCACCUCCCCUGCCUAAUGGAAGCGGUGAUGGCAAAUCCAGCGGAUCCGAGAAGAGCAAGAGCUUACCUACAGCCAAGACCAAUGAUGUAGUUCGGGAAAAAUGUGUACAGAUGAUUGUAGGAGCACUGAAAAUACCAAUUGAAGGUUGUGACCUAGAUCAGUUUGAUGAUAUCAAAGAGAUUGCAGCCGAGAUUGAAGAUUGUAUCUACACUGAGUUUGUAAAUACUGACAUGAAGUACAAGAAUCGCGUGCGAAGCCGAGUUGCGAAUCUGAAAGAUCAAAAAAACCCAGAACUGAGGAGGAGAGUCUUGACGAGAGAAAUCCCUCCGCAACAAAUGGCCAAGAUGACCUCAGAUGAAAUGGCAAGUCAAGAGCUUAAAAACAUUCGUGAUGGCUUUACGAAGGAAGCCAUCAAGGAGCACCAGAUGGCUGUCACUGGUGGAACUAAGACAGAUCUACUUAAAUGUAGCAAAUGCCUCAAGAGAAAUUGCUCUUACAAUCAGGUUCAAACAAGAAGUGCUGAUGAACCCAUGACGACCUUUGUAUAUUGCCAUGAGUGUGGACACAGGUGGAAGUUCUGUUGAUGUUGGCAGAGUCUUCAUGUCAUAUGUAAUCCUGUACAUUUUCCAAGGUUUGUGUGUCACCCUCUACUUGUCUAACCUGUUACCGACAUGAUGACUGCUGGAUCAGCCUGAUAUGGCCUAGACUAUGCUUCUUAUGUUCAAAUGAGGAAUGUGUAUACAAAAGCCUCUUUGGUGAAAGGAUUUUCACAAACCAUGAAAGUUUACUUAAUCCUAGAGUGUUUAUGUGUUAUGUAAGCAUACACCUUGGUUGUGUUCUGGUUGCUAGUUGAAGGGCUACAUUAAUAGGGAUAGCAUUUCACCAUGUUGACUGUUAUCCAGUUUUUUUGAAACUGAGAGAUAUUUUUAAAAUGUCUUUUGUGGCCAAAGAAAACCCUUUUGCAAGGUUAAAACCAUUUUGCAAUUUUUUUUUGUGCUUACAUUCAAGUAGCAAAACAAUUACAGUAGCAUUCCUGGUUAUGGUCGCUGAUAAUGUUGUAACCUUUUUGCAGAGAAUAUACACAAACUGCAGAUCAAGAUAUGAGGCUAUAACAAGUCUCUUCACUUGGAACAGUAUUUUCUCAGACCACUGCAUGUGCACUGUCUUGGAAGUCUGUGAUUUCCCCUGCAACUGUUUUCUUUAUUUUUCCAUUUUAAGAUCACUUCAGUGUUCAUUUGUGUUCGUCCAGUUACUUAGAAUUUCAGACUUACAUUUAAUAAUGAUUGUACAUGUAUUAUUUUGGAGACCUCUGGCAUUCAUUAGCACAAACAAAACAAAUAUGCUGUCCUUCCAGCCCUUACCAAAUGUUUAUCAAACUAUUGAAACCAACCGAACCUCCCAGAUCCAUUUUGCCUUUGUUCUUGUUAGGGGUAUUUCCAGGGUUUAUUGUUCUGUUCAAAUGGUGUCAGGAUUGAACUCUAAAAAUUCUAUCAUUCAAAUUUUGUUCUGUUUAAUUUUUAAUUAUCUUGUAUUGUCUUUUUUGUUCUAUAUAAAUAUAUUUAUUCCGAAAUAUCCAUGAGAACAGAGACAUGCCAACCCUUGGAUAAGUUGCAUGUCAGAAAUAUUCUGAUACAUUUUGAAUCCAUUUUUAAUCCUGAUCUCAUUUUCCAUUGAAUAAUCGGCAAUUACUGCUGAAAAGCAAAUGAAACUGUAGUUCCAAUCCAAAACCUAAUUAAAAUAAGGACAAAGUCCCUCCCUUGAAAUCCUAGAGGUAACGAGUAGACGUUUACAGAUUGUGUAGCAAAGUUGUAUAAAUUUUAAGUUCUUUGUAACGAACAAUAAAAAUCUGUUCAUCAACAGAUGCCCCGUGCGGAAGUAUUGAUUUUAA